AUGACAAACGAUCCUGUCCCCCCCCUUUUUUUCAUUCCUCUCGUACAACUCUGGGACGAGAUGCUCAGGUCAUAUUUCCUUCGAAAGCCCCUUAUUUACUACUAUCACAUCAUAAACCACAGAGUGAUUGCCAAGCUACAGUUAUCCCCCUUGAAGAUAAAAAAAAUUUUAUCUUACAUAGGCUACAGGUAUUACUGUACAGUACAAGUACAAGCUUUCUUAGCGGUGAAAGCAAUUAUGAUUCCGACAGUACAAUACCGGCAUACUGGUUGGCCGGGGCCAGAAGCCGUUUUGGUUAUCUAGUCGAGGAGGAACGAUGCUGGUACUGUGCAGAAGAGUAACCCCCUUGUCUGGUGCCCACGACCAACUGCGCUGGAGGGAGACUGGGGUACUGGUACGUGGCCCGGGCAAGAAGUAACCGGAAAUAGGAGGGUAUACUCGAGAAUUCUGCCGUAUAUCAGCGCUCAGCUGCAACAUGCACAGAUUUUUUUACCAUAUUUCUUUAAUCCCUGUUUUCGGAU